ACGUUGAUAUCUAAACCAGAACUUCUAAGAUGCCUCGAUGAGAAAGGAUUAUAUAUGCUAUAUUGGAAAUUCACAUAGUAAAUAUUUGUGUAAUGUUAAAGUUUAAACACUGAAACCAGCUAUGAAAUUACUUCAGUUAAUUGUAGUAAAUACAUUUCUGUUUAUUUCAAUCAUCACAAACACUUGUCUUGGAGAAAAGGAAGAUAUAGAGUUCAAAACAGGAAAAGGGAUAUUAAUUGGACAAUUUGAACCAGUAGUGUUUGACGGCGUUGAAAAUUACGUCACGCGAUUUUUGGGGAUUCCUUAUGCCAAGCCACCAGUUCGUGAAAGAAGAUUCUCUCGGCCCGAACCUUACGGAGACUUUAAAGUGCCAUACAACGCUACCUAUCACAGACCGCCUUGUAUCCAAGCAUAUGGUUACAGGUAUCUUAGAAACAUCCGGAAAAGCGAAGACUGUUUGUAUCUAAAUAUCUACAUUCCGGGUAAUUUGCGUGUUCCUGUUUCAAAAAGAUAUCCUGUGAUGCUCUAUAUACAUGGAGGUGGAUUUUUUGCGGGAGGUGCCGAAGUUUACUCUGGGAAUAUACUUAGUUCAUUCAACGAUGUUAUUGUUGUAACUAUAAAUUACCGCCUCACUGUCUUUGGCUUUUUAAGCACUGGCGAAGACUCUUCUGGCAAUUACGGUCUUUGGGACAUGAAAUUAGCUAUUCAAUGGGUUCAUGAUAAUAUACAUGAGUUUAGCGGGGAUGCUACUAAAGUCACUCUAUUUGGAAAUUCUGCUGGUGGAGCAGCUGUUCAAUACCAGGCAAUAAAUCCCGCUAAUAAGGGUUUAUUUCAAAGAAUUAUUUCCCAAAGUGGCAGUUGUUUCGCCUACUGGGCGAUACAAAACAACCCGGCACAAAAUUUUGAAAGUUUCAUAAGCGAUGUAGGCUGCAAACGCAGCGAACAUUCAGAUAUCAUGCACUGCCUUCGCAGCAAAGAUAUGGAGUUAAUAAAAGAAAAAGCUGACAGAUAUGUAUAUAAAUUUGUGCCGUCAGUUGACAAAGACUUUCUCCUAGAGGACCCUGUCACUUUAAGCCAAGGACAAAGGGACAAAGGCAAGACUGCCAUGAAUUUCUUUUCUGGAUUGGAUUUAUUAAGCGGAGUUGCAAGUUACGACGGCGUGUUCGCAUGGUUGCACUGGGAUCUGCAGAAUGGAUUAUCCAGUAGUUCUUUUAAUAAAUCUGUACACAGAUUACUAAACCGUGCACUGGGAAGAAAAUAUAAGAGAAUCCCAUCCAUACUGAUCGAAUCUGUAAUGCAUCAGUACACAGACUGGUUCCGUAAAUACGACGACUUGGUAAGAGCAGAGAAAAUGAUUGAGUUAGAGUCUGAUAUAACAUUCUUUGUUCCUGCUAUUCAAGUAUCUAAUGCCCAUUCAAAGUCGCAAAUAACCGUCGACUCAAACAACAGUUAUUUCUAUGUAUUCACACCAAAACCUGACUUUGCUCCAAAGCCAGAUUGGUUAAAAGGGGCGACACAUUUUAUGGAAAUGCCAUAUGUAUUGGGCUUAGCAAAGGAGCUAAUUGUGCAGUUGAGUGAAGAUUAUUUAGUACCGGAGCCAUUUACAGUUUCUGAAAGAGACAUUGAAUUAUCAAAGCUAAUGAUGAGGAUUUGGACAAAUUUUGCCAAAACUGGGGACCCAAACUUGAUGACUUCUGAUUCCCACGAAUAUUUCCCAUCAUGGCCGCCAUAUACCGGUGACAAACAGAUGUAUCUGGAGCUGUCAUAUAAUACAACAUCAGAUUCAGUGAAGGAUCAUUUUGCAUCUUCUAGUGUUGCAUACUGGGAAAAUAUUUUUCCGUUAUUAAUGGAGUGUGGUGCAUCUUCUGGCUCAAAUAGUGAAUUCCUUGCCUCUAAACUAUGGCUUAUAAUAUUGAUAAUGGUUUCCUUCUAUUUUAGUAAAAUUAGUUCAUGACUAAACUGUGCUGAUCUGUAGUUAGCAAAGCGAAUACUGUAAACGGAAAUAUUUCACAAAAAUAACAAUGUAAUUAAAAGAAGGUGUUAAUUUUUUGUUGUUGUUGUUUUUGUCAUCACUCGUAUCACAUAAUGAAUACACCCAGACGACUGCAUUGGUUACAAAUACUAAGUUAAACAUUUUAUUCGUACAACAUUUUUUGGCGUAGCUGUCUAAUCCAAUUUUUUACCUACUUAAACAAGCUAUAAAAGUCGUAAAUUUAUAAUAAUUCUUCAGCUAAUAAAAACAGCGGGAGUGACAGAAAUGAAUACAUGCAUACUUUUAAUUGGCUGAAAUUAAUAUACUGUUUCACAAAAAGUUUCGUUACAUUUCAACAGAGCGUUACAUCGAUGCUGUAGAUAGUGUCGCUAAUGACGCCUA